GUCUACUAAGUGACUGUCUAUCCAGCCGCCUCAUCAUCAACACUGGCCAUCGAAUUUGCCGUUGCAAACUAACCCACAAUUCUUCGUAACCGAACACAGACUCAUUCAUAUAUAUUGUAGCCACGCAUUUCACCACCAUGGACGGCCCUCUGACGGCGGCUCUGCUCAUCGUCUCAACGACGGCCGCCCAGAACCCAUCCGCAGACGCAUCGGCGGCCAUACUCCGCGACGUCUUCAACGAUGAGGGAGACGGGAAGUGGAAGCUCACCGGCGAGUCCAUUGUGACCGACGACGUCAUGCAGAUCCAGAAACAAAUCACCGCCUGGGCCGACGGCCAUGCGGCGCCCAAUUUGAUCAUCACGACAGGCGGCACAGGCUUUGCCGUGGCGGAUGGUACUCCAGAGGCGGUUUCGCCUUUGCUUCACAAGCAAGCGCCGGGGCUGGUCCACGCCAUGUUGUCCUCCUCUCUCGCAGUAACGCCGUUCGCCAUGAUGUCCCGACCAGCGGCUGGCGUGCGAAACAAAUCCAUCAUUGUCACGCUUCCCGGCUCGCCCAAAGGCGCCAAAGAAAACUUGCAAGCCAUCAUCAAGACGCUGCCACACGCUUGCCUCCAAGCGGCAGGUGCCAACUCGCGGGUGCUGCACUCUGGGGGCGUUAAGAAGCUCGAGUCAGAUGCUGGUAUUACUGCGGCGUCGAAAUCGCAGGCUCAAAGCCAAGAACAUGACCACCAUCAUCACCAUCACCACCACCAUCACGGUCAUGGUCACGGCCACGGGAACCUUGUGCGACAUACGAACCCAAACGCCCAGGCACUGUCAAACGAUCCCCAGCUCGGACCCUCUCGGCGAAACCGCGAGUCACCCUAUCCGAUGCUGUCGGUCGAUGACGCCUUUGCUCUCAUUGCCGAACACAGCCCUGAGCCGCAAGUCUCUCAUCGCAAUGUCGACGAAGCCAUAGUGGGCUCCGUCCUCGCGGAAGCGGUCAGAGCACGGGAAAAUGUUCCAGCAUUCCGAGCCAGCAUCGUCGACGGAUACGCCGUCGUGGCCCCGAAGGACGGCAACAUGAAGGGUGUGUUUCCGGUCACGGCCAUCUCUCACGCAGCUCCCGGCGAGGUCCGGCCAUUGAAGGAGGGCGAGAUUGCUAGAAUCACUACCGGCGCCCCGCUGCCCCCGGGAGCGACGUCGGUCAUCAUGGUGGAGGACACUGUGCUCAAGACGAUGACAGAAGAUGGCAAAGAAGAAAAGGAGGUGGAGAUUCAUGCCGAGGGUGUCAAUGAAGGCGAAAACGUGCGAGAGGUGGGAAGCGACAUCAAGGAAGGCUCCGUCAUUCUCGACAAGGGUGAGCAAAUCUCUGGCGUUGGCGGAGAAAUUGGUCUCCUCGCCGCCGUUGGCGUCGCUCAAGCCAAGGUGUAUCGGCGUCCGGUGAUUGGCAUCCUGUCCACCGGUGACGAGAUUAUCGAGUACGCCCGCCCAGGCCCACUGCGGCUCGGCGAGGUCCGUGACACGAACCGCAUCACGCUCAUUUCGGCCGUCAAGGAAUGGGGAUUCGAGGUCGUCGACCUCGGCAUUGCCAAGGACAAGCCCGGCACGUUAGAAGAGACGCUCCGGAGCGGUCUCCGGCGGGCCGACGUGCUCAUUACCACGGGCGGGGUGUCAAUGGGGGAGCUGGACCUGCUCAAACCCACGAUUGAGCGGUCCCUCGGCGGCACUAUUCACUUUGGCAGGGUUGCCAUGAAGCCGGGGAAACCGACGACAUUCGCGACGGUGCCGGUCAAGGACAAUGAGGGGAACCGGGUGUCCAAGACCAUCUUCUCGCUGCCAGGCAACCCAGCAUCAGCGCUGGUGACGUUUCACCUGUUUGUCCUUCCGUCCUUGCACAAACAGUCGGGCAUCGCACCCGUCGGCCUGCCCAAAGUUCCCGUCUUCCUGGCGCACGACUUCCCGAUGGACCCCCGGCCCGAGUACCAUCGCGCUGUGGUGACGGUGGGCAAGGACGGACAGCUUCUCGCCAGCAGCACUGGUGGGCAACGAAGUUCGAAGGUGGGAAGCUUGCGGUCGGCGAAUGCCUUGGUGUGCAUGCCGAGCGGCAAGGGGAAGCUCGAAAAGGGGUCCAAGGUCGAGGCGUUGCUGAUGAACGCUGCUCGGAUGGGCUAGGAAGGUAAAAAUUCGCGACGUUUGGAUAUGGUUGCGCCGAGAGAUGCAUAACUCGCUGGAUGCUUCAAGUAGUUUGACUGUUCUAAUCUUGGCUCAUCUCACGGGCUGGUGUACAUAUACAUGCUCAAGUCCAAGGGCUGGUUAG